GUCUGGAAAGUGCGCUCCGGGAGGGCUGACCCGAGGCGCGCCUGCAGACACGCGGAGAAGGUGGGCGCUUCAGAGAGUCCCUUUCCUAGACACUGGGUGCUAGGUCCGACUAAGAGCCCACGGGAGAGUGAGCCUCCGUGGGUGACUGAAAUGCUGAGAAGACCAGCGUGGUGGCUGGAGACCCCGCUGGGUGGGCGGCGCGCGGCCUCUUCCGGUUUCGGAGGCGUGUGAGGCCUCUUGUCUCCUGCCGGUGCGUGAGGCCGCGGCUCCCGAACCCGGAAGGGGCGGCGGCGGACCGGCGACAGUUGCGAAGAUCCUCCCUCUCCACGUGCUAACCCGGUUCCCUGCUCGUUCCGCGGUUCCGCGCUUGGGCUUUGGCUACUGUCUGCAGCACUUUUCCCGACCGGCCUCUCAGGACGUGCUUCGGACGCACCCAAGCCCAGAUGAGGCGGCAAACAGAGGCUACCAAGAGAAAGCACCAAGUGUCCAGUGAUGCUCCACCAGCAAAACGGAGGAGUGAAAUAUCCUCUGUUUUGGCCAAGAAAGCCAGUGAUAAAGAAACUCAGAGAACAUUUAAAGGGAAUACACACAAAACGUUUCCUCCAAAGAAGUAUUUGGACAGUAUAGGCAAUGGAAGGCAAGAGGAGAAGCUAUGCAUCAAGACUUCGUCGCUGUUUAAAAACAACCCUGAGAUCCCAGAACUCCACAGCACUGUAGUGAAGCAGGCUCGAGAGCAAGUGUUCUCUCCAGAAGCUUUCCAGGAGCUGGACCUCCACCCACAUCUAAUUUCUACAAUAAAUACAGUCUUAAAAAUGUCCAUUAUGACCAGUGUUCAGAAGCAGAGUAUACCAGUGCUGCUGGAAGGCAGAGAUGCCCUAGUGCGGUCCCAGACGGGCUCAGGUAAAACUCUUGCUUAUUGCGUCCCUGUGGUCCAGUCUCUUCAAGCACUGACAUCAAAAAUACAGCGCAGUGAUGGACCCUAUGCUUUGGUCCUAGUGCCCACCAGAGAGUUGGCUCUGCAAAGCUUUGACACUGUUCAGAAGCUACUUAAGCCAUUCACCUGGAUUGUUCCUGGAGUGUUGAUGGGCGGAGAGAAGAGAAAAUCGGAAAAAGCUAGACUCCGAAAAGGCAUAAAUAUCCUUAUCUCCACUCCUGGCCGUCUAGUGGAUCAUAUAAAAUCCACAAAGAACCUUCACUUUAACCGAAUACGGUGGCUGAUUGUGGAUGAAGCAGACAGGAUCUUGGAUUUGGGUUUUGAGAAGGACCUCACAGUGAUUCUGAAUGCUGUAAAUGCUGAGUGUCAGACACGGCAGAAUGUCCUCCUGUCAGCGACACUCACAGAAGGUGUAACACGGCUAGUUGAUAUCAGUUUGCACAAUCCAGUCAGUAUCUCUGUCCUGGACAAAAACUGCAACCAGCCCAAUCCUAAGGAAGUUGCUAGGAUCCAGCUCAGCAGCUUUGCCAUACCAGAGAGUCUCGACCAGCAUGUGGUGUUGGUUCCCAGCAAGCUACGUCUUGUCUGCCUUGCAGCCUUCAUCCUGCAAAAGUGCAAGUUUGAGAAGAACCAGAAGAUGAUUGUCUUUUUCUCCAGUUGUGAAUUGGUGGAGUUCCACUACAGCCUCUUCCUUCACACCCUGCUUUGCCACUCAGGGACCCCUACAGCAGAGCAUCUGCCAUCUGCCUCCUGGCCACUGAAAUUCCUUCGGCUACAUGGCAACAUGGAGCAGGAGGAAAGAACAUCUGUGUUUCAUGAGUUCUCCCAUUCUGAAACAGGAGUCUUACUCUGCACAGAUGUUGCGUCUCGGGGCUUGGAUCUCCCACAAGUCACCUGGAUUGUUCAGUACAGUGCUCCGUCUUCACCUGCAGAGUACAUUCACCGCGUCGGAAGAACUGCCCGGAUUGGCUGUCAUGGGAGCAGCCUGCUCAUUUUGGCUCCUUCGGAGGCAGAAUAUGUCAACUCGUUGGCUUCUCACAAAAUCAAUGUUGGUGAGAUUAAGAUGGAAGAUAUUUUGGCUGUCCUGGCAAAGGAUGAUUGUUUUAAAAGGAAACAAAGGGGAGCCCAGAAAUCCCGUGCCAGUGGCCCCCAGGAAAUCCGAGAACGAGCCACAGUAUUGCAGACAGUGUUUGAAGAUUAUGUGCACUCCAGUCAGAGGAUGGUCUCCUGGGCUAAGAAAGCCCUGCAGUCCUUCAUCCGAGCCUAUGCCACCUACCCCAAGGAGCUGAAGUCCAUCUUCCAUGUCCGAGCCCUACAUCUUGGGCAUGUGGCUAAGAGUUUUGGACUAAGAGAUGCUCCUAGAAACCUCAGUGUCUCUGCUGUGAAGAAGGCAAGCUUAAAAAGGCCUCACCCUCGGAGGAAGACCCAGAGGAAGCAACACCUUGUGCCUGCUGAAGUCCUGCACUCAGAACACUCAAGUGGACUGGAGGGUGGUGGUACGAAGGGCAGAAAGCAAGGCAAACAGCAGGGCCUUCAGGUGGCACCCAGCAAGCCGGGGCCAUGGAGAGAAUGAAGCUGCUUCUACAUCCAGAAGGCUCACCACCGGCCAGCAAGCUUCUUUUGGUUUUUUUUUUUUUUUUUUUUAGUUUCUACAGGACCGGGUCAGGGUGGAUCCAACAUGACCUCGAGGCUUUAGACUGAUGUCCUGUUCUUAUCAUCAAAGCUUCUGAAAAAUAACUGGCACCUCUCCCUGAAUACAGACUCUCAAGAGGGCAGAUCCUCGCCUGUUGGAGGAGGAGCCCCGAAUGAAACAAAGUAGGCAGGGGCUGGCUGGUGCUAGACAGUCACCCACCUUUGGCCAAGCUUCUUGUGAGAUUGCUCAUGGACAGCAAGCAUUCUGUGUGUCAGCCUGGAUGAGUGGAGCUCCUGGCAAGCUUGCCAGAUUAAGCAGCCACACGUGUAUUGCAUGAGUAUUGUAGGAUCAAAGAUGUUAAAAACUGGAAUUGAACUUUGUACAGAGGGGUAAAGUAUUUGUUGAAUA